AUGCAUUCUUCUGUAAUCCUAGGCAGCUGCGCUGCCUCCACGUCUUCCGGUUGGUCCGUAAACGAGCUCUGCCCCAAUCUAGCUAGAUUGUGGAGUACUUCGGGUGGAGUUACUCUAAGUUCCUCCCCUCCCCAAAACCUUACUCAUCCUCCAGGCCCUGUGUACUCCGGACACCAUUUCUCCGAAGUAAAGAUUCCCCUGCUUCCCCACGCACUCCCAUAUGCCUCUAAGUGGAUUCAUACCGUAUUCAGACCCGUUGUCUUGCCUGUGCUGUUACAGCAAGCUCCUAGCGAAGGCAGCUAG